AUGGAUUACUUUCGUUCCAAACGUUCCAAUGCUCACCAGCCGAUCGAAGACGAGCGCCCGUCCAAACGCAUCUCCACGCCUGCCGGCCAGCGCCUUUCCAUGGUCCUCGAGUCCAGUCACAUUCGAAGCAAACCGACGAAGCCUGAGCCCAAGUCGAAGAUUGAAGUCACAACGACCAGCACGUACUGCAACGAUCCAACACAUCAGCACAUCGGGCCAACGGUGCAUGUUCAUGAGCAGCGCAAGCCCGGCUUCUUGUCGGUGAUUACUGGCGGGAGGUUGGGCGAGACACCGAGGGGGAGCAUGGAGGAUCAGAGCCAUAACGGCAGUAAUCUGAGCGUGAGCGUCUGGAGUGACCAGCACACGCCGAGGAGUGAGAAGUUCACGCAGCUCAAGGCUGCAAAAAAUGGCAGGCGAUGGGGUUGGAAGAGGGUAGCGCUCAUCGGGGCUAUGGUGAUUGCACUUAUCGUAGCGUUGGCUGUUGGUCUUGCUGUGGGCUUGAAGAGGAAUUCGAGCAGUACUUCCUCUUCGAAAGCAAGCACGGGCGGAGACUCGCAGGCAGCGGGCACAGGGACAGGCACAAGCACCGAGACCGGUACGCCGUCCACCCCAACCUCGACACUCACUCCGUCGGCCGUCCCAUCAGGCUUUCCAGUCGGAGCCUACUCGUUCGUCACCUUCCUCGACACCGUAGCCACGGGCUGCACCAGCAACAACGCGACCUGGACAUGCGCGCCGUACACAGACUACUACUCGGACCCGCAGAAAGCGCUGGCGGUCAUAAACUGGGAGAUUACGGGGUCGUUCGGGUCGUACAAGAUCUCGUCCAGGGACAGCUCGGAUCUGUACAUGACAUUCCAGAACGCGGCGCUGGACCUGCUCGACAAGGACAAGGACACGGAGCGCUACCGGUUCCAGAUCAGCCGGACCAAGACGGUGAACAUGACGGGCACCAUGGGCAACUCAAGGGGCACGUUCGAGUGCGACUACGGCGCGACGAACCUGCAGGCCUACCUGUACACCAAGAUGGCGAGGACGUACCCAGACGACACGAUCGUCGUGCCGAAAACAUCAAACACGGUCUGGCCAUAUGCUGUGCGCGUCGAGCAAGCAGUAGGCGGCGGCAACAACGUGCCAUCGUGCACAAAGUCGACGGGCGAGCACGUGUCCAGCGGCAUCGUGGCGCAGGACGCAAGCAGCCUGUGUUCGUGUCUGUACAAGAACUGGACGCCCGAGCGGGCGUCGUGA